AUGGCGCGUAAAGAAUACAUUUUCAAAGGCGAGGGGAGCGGCGGCAUCGCUGCUGAUGUCUUGUAUCCGGAUGGAGACUCUGCUACGGCAUCCCCUAUAGCACUGUACUUCCACGGUGGGAAUUUCACGGCCGGGUCCAAGGAUCUGCUUUCCCAGAACCAUGUUGAGAAACUACUCGGCCUGGGCUUCGUGGUCGUUGCAGCAAACUAUCGACUCUGCCCCACGAUCUCCGUGUUCGAGGGGCCAGUCACGGGUGCAUUGGACGCGUAUGGCUGGGCCCAGGACGUCCUGCCAGGUCUGCUGCACAUAGAUGCUGGUGUGCGAGUCGAUGGCUCCAAGAUUGUGGUGCUAGGCCAUUCGGCCGGUGGUCUUCUGGCUCUUCUAACGGCUGGCUCCCCCAGACCGCCUCGAGCCAUGUUGGACCUUUUCGGGAUGAAGUAUCUGCAGGAUGCAUCUCUCCACACGCCCAGUGCUGCCUUCGCAAAGCUCCCUCCCUUCGACCAGGCAUUCCUCGAUCAAAUACACGAGCAAGUUCCUCCCCCGAGCAGCGGGCCGUCUCCCAUGACGGCCAAGGGCCCGGACUUCUCCAACCCUAGGGUCGCGUGGAUGUUCAAUCUUGUCAAGGAAGGAAAACUUUUCUCGGCCGUCGUAGCCGAUGGUAACUACGAUCGGGUCGACCCUGCUACUUUGUUCGCCAAGUUGGGGGAAGAAUUUCCCGCCCACCGCGCACACGACGAGCUGCAGGCCAGCGGGGUCGACUCGAAAAUAACCCUCGUCGACGGAGCGCCCCAUGGAUUCGACGCCAAGGCCCAACCGGGAGACGAGACAUUCGCCAUCGUAGAGCAAGGGUUUGAGUUUUUCAAGGCGCACCUGUGA